CAUCACCGUGGAAAGAUGACGAAACUCUGUUGCCAUUUGCUAUCCAUCAUCGUCACGAUGCGGAAGCUUGACACCGAGGGCACAAAGAGAAGCAGGGAGGACCCGGUAGGAUUACCACACCACGGGUUUCUCUUUCUCUUUGAUACCAUUGUGGAUUGAUGAGAUGAACCAUGAUAGUGGCAAAGACUGUAGAAGCACAUGCGACCAUCACCGGUGAUACGGAUAUCAAAACUAGUAGUCCGGCUCCCAAUGACAACUACUUUGUUCACGUAGAUGAAGGUCUGAACAAAGAAAAGAGUGUCCGCUUUGAUCCCACCUGGCUACCUCAAUGGCUCUGGUCACAGGAAAAAGCCAACGAGGCCAGCCUUCCUGAGAGCCUCCCUGUGCCUGACUUUGUCCAGGUCUUUCAUUUGGCAGAAGAUUGCACCACUAAGGCUGCAACACUGCAGCAACUUGGAAGCUCAGCCCGAGAUAUUGUCAAUGCUUGCUUUACAAUGUCAGCAUAUUCUCCUACAAUCAGAAGGACAGAAGCAGUGCUCUUUCGCAACUUGUCAUCCAAGAUACAAAAUGCCAAAGAUUUUGCAGAGUUCUGGAAAGGAUGCCUGGCAGGACCAUCCACCAAUGACGCAGAGAAGUGGAAUCCUGUAUCUUAUGUUCCCUUUGGUAACCAGCGUACUACUUUGGAAGGAGUUGAUUUGGUCACCAACUUCCCUUCCAAGUUGGCCAUGGUAUGCCACAAUGAGAUGAACUACAAUCCUCAACCAGCUGGCAGGAUUGCCUUUUAUUGCCUCGAAGCAGCCCCAGUGGGUGGAGAGACCAUUUUGGCACGGAAUGCGGACCAUUCUAGACAGGUUUCACAAGAAAUACAGGAUAUGGUCAAUAAACAUGGUGGCAUCCUGUACAAGCGGCAGUACUAUGACAAACGCAACCCCAACAAGGACUCCCAGAAAAGGUUCCACACAAGUUGGCAAGAAAAGACAGGCACCGAAGACCCUAAUGAGGCCAUUCACUUUUUUGAAUCUAUUGGCUUUUCUGUGCCUGACCAGGUGCACUUUGAAGCCUAUGAAGAUGGUUUCCAGAAACUCAUUGUUGAAAAUGUGGAGAGUGGUUUCAAUACGCAGGGAGACUGGUUCAAUAUUCUUAACGUGGGCGGGUUUCCUCUGGCGGAUGGCACUUGGAUCCCCAAGAGCAUGAUCCAACAACUGGUCUUGGAUGAAUGGAAGAGUGUCCAUGUGCUUAAGCUAUGUCCAGGAGAUUGGAUUGUCCUCAAUAACAAAACAGUACAGCAUGGUCGUCUUCCAUAUCAAAACAGUGACGAUCAAAUUAGGACUAUUCUAACUGUGUACACAGAUUAAAUUAGAUUAGAUUUUGCUCUCU